AUGUUUCUCAUCAAUGAUCCUAAUGCAUUUUUAGAUCAAGUCAAUAUGAAUGAUGAAUACAGACAGAUAUUAGCAGAAAGUGAGGAAUUCUUACAAAAAUUUAAUUUAAUUAAACCACCAGUUCCUUUUGGCCCAGAAAACAGAAAGCCUAAAUCAAAGCAGCUUUCAAUUUUUACGAAUUUAAAAACUCUCAACAAUCUUGUUCCAAAUUUAUUAUGGCUUCCUGGAAGACCAGAAGUUAUGCGAAUGAAAGAUGUAAAUGAUCCAAGAAUUAAUGAAUUUGAUCUUAUUGCCCAGAAAUAUAAAGUAAUUUCCGUAUUUCUUUUAUAUGAUAACCAAGAACCUGGAUUUUGCGCAGUUUCAUUUUCAGUUCCAUUGUUAACUCUUAUUUAUGAUAUUCGUGAAACUUUCAAAUCAUCAUUAAAAAUUAUCCAUUUUCCACCGAAAAUUGAACAAAUCCUUCAAAAUCCAAAUUACAAAGUCAUAAUUCCUGGAAAAACUGAUUUUGGUCCAUCUGCAGUACAAGAUGAUAUUUGGACUAGUUUUAUACAAAUUACAAGCCUGAAAAAUAUCAGAAAUUUAGUAGAGUUAACAUCAUAUUAUGAUUAUUUGAACCUGAUACAAUCAGGAUCAGGUUUGUGCGAACAUCUCAAACUUAUUUCUUGGGUUUUUCAGAUUAAAUUUGAAUAUACAAAAGUAGGAUCGAAAGUUAGAAGAAUUACUGAUGAAAAUUGGCCUCGAAUAUUGCAUAAGUACGGAAACUUAUUGAUUUAUCUUUAUUGGGUUCUUGAAGAAAAAUAUGAGAACUUUAAGAGUUAUAGAAAGUUUGGAGUCAAUACUGACCCAGUUUAUUUAGAAAACUUGAUUUUUAACAACAAACUUGAUGAUGAUCCAAUUGACAAAAUCAAGGAAAAGCUUGUCGAUAAAGCUUAUCCAAAUCCGCCUUAUCCUCAAGAGAUUGCUAGAACUACCAAAAAUAAGAAUCAUUAA